CAAAAUGGCGUCGCGUGCACGGUGCCGAUGAUCUCGUUUCGCCGUGUUUGAUCGGGUGGUCACGGUUUGCGACGUGUGGUAACGGGGCGACGGCUAGGACGAGUGCUGACCGCGCGUUCGUUUGCGCGUACAGUGUGUGUGACGUUCGGACGUUCCGGGGGAUCGUGCGAGUGACGAGCGUAGCGGUCGCGCCGCGUACGGACGUUACAACGAGCGGCGGCGGCGGCGCCGACGACGGAGACGACGACGGUCGUAACGACGACUGAAUCGCGGCGAACAGUACCGCGCUGACCGUCUCGUGCGAGUCUGUUUUCCGUCGCGAGAACGCUCUUGUCAUUGGCAUGACGGAGACCGACGAGAGGAGGUACACGUUUCCGCGCGCAAGCAUCGCAAGCAUCGCCGCGAUGACGGAGUAUGUGUGUUGACGACGUGCGCGAGUGAACAACCCUCAACCGGCAACACAUCGUCCUUGGUACCGAUCGACGGUCGCGCGGAAGCUCUGCCGCGGGGAAGCGGCGACGACGACGACUACGACGAUCGCGACGGCGAGGAGGAGGACGGUGGUGACGGGGACGUGCGUUUAGCCAUCCACCAUGGCGGUGAAUCCGCGUGAUAUGGACGGCUUCAUGCCGCUCCUGUCAACGACGGACAUCAAGAAGAAAUUGAACGUCGGCAGCGCGUUGUUGAACUAUCUCGGCGACUCCGGGAGGAGCAUCGAGUGUCAGGACAUCGGCAUGUUCAUCGACAACGUCAUACCGUGGCUCGGCAACGGCAACCCCAAGGUCGUUCAGAACGGUUUGGAGAUCCUCACGUAUCUCGCGGACCGGAUGGGCCACGAUUUCAAGCCUUACAUCUCUACCAUUAUUCAGCCGACGAUAGACAGGCUAGGUGACAGCAAGGAUGCUACCAGAGAAAAGGCGCAGCUGGUGCUGCUGAAGAUUAUGGAGAAGGGUUGCAUGUCGCCCCAGAAUCUUCUGGACCGACUACGCCCGGCCUUCAAUCAUAAGAAUGCGAAGUUACGAGAGGAGGCGCUGAUCCUGCUGACGACGACGCUGAACGAACACGGGGCGGACGAGAUGGCUUUGUCAGGAGUGAUACCGAGCAUCGUGAAGUUGCUGUCCGAUCCUUCGGAGAAGGUCCGGGAGACCGCCUUGAACACGUUGGCGGACAUUUACCGUCACGUCGGCGAGCGAUUACGCGUCGAUUUGCAAAGAAAGCACAAUGUGCCGCAAGCCAAAAUGCUCCUGCUGAUAGAGAAGUUCGAUCAGCUGAAGGCUGCCGGUGAUCUCCUACCCUUGGCGAUGUCGUCCGACGUUGGCAAGGACAACGACGAGCCUGACAGAGCGGUCAAAUCGGCUCCCGUUAAGAGGUUGAACAUGCCGCCGAAAAGAGGUCAAUUUGGGCCCGCCAAGACGCUAUCUACAUUAGCGCAAGCCGGAGCUGUCGACGAAGAAUGCUUCAUCACUGCGUUCGAGGACGUGCCUACCGUCACGUUGUAUUCGGCAAAGGACCUCGAGGAGCAAAUGAAGAUCAUCAAGGAUACAGUAGGCGAUGACAAGAAAGACUGGAAACAGAGAAUGGAUAGUAUGAAGAAGUUAAGGGCCAUUGUACUCGCAGGUGGCACUAACUACGAAAAUUUCCACGAGUGCCUAAAGAGCGUACAGCGACCGUUCGAGCAGGCCUGCACCGACCUUAGAUCCCAAGUGGCGAGAGAAGCAUGUAUUACUCUAGCCUAUCUGAGUCAGAGCCUGAAGACCAAAUUCGCCAGUUUUGGCGAGGCGGUUUUGCUCACGUUAAUGAACCUCAUACAGAACAGUGCCAAGGUCGUGGCGACAGCCGGCGCGGUGGCAGUUCGGUUUAUCCUUCAAAAUACCCACUGUAGUCGAUACGUGCCUAUUAUUAUAUCGUGCGUGAGCAACAAGAGCAAAGACAUUCGCCGGGCGUCCUGGGAGUAUCUCGCAUUGAUUCUGCAGACCUGGCCUACGCAGAUAUUGCAAAAGCACGUGACGAUAUUGCCGGACGCGCUCAAGAAGGGCAUCGCCGAUUCCGACUCGGAUGCGCGAGCUUUCGCCAGGAAAUCAUACUGGGCAUUUAAAAAUCACUUUCCAGAGCAGGCUGAGAUACUACUUAAUAACUUGGAUGCGACAUAUAAACGCUCCUUGAUGUCUCUCAGUAAUAGCGGCAGUAGUAACAGCUUAAAUAUCGUGGCUAAUGCGAGAUCGUCGAGCGUUAGUCCACGUACGGCCAGACCCGUGAUGAGCGCGGCAGACCGAGGAACACCAGGGGUUAGAUCUACUAGUGCGAUCGAUUUGCAGGCUGCUCAAAGGGCGAAAGCUAGACUAAUGUACGCUAAUAUGAGCAGGCAGAAAGCAGCCGCGGCAAUUCCGCGUCCCAGUAAAUCACCGGAUCCCAAUGCGGUCGCCAGUCCAGAAAGGGUCGCGAGGACCAGGACAAGAGUCUCGGGAGUUUCGCAAUCUCAGCCCAGCAGUAGAUCGGGCUCCCCAUCGUCUAGAUUAAGUUAUGCUACGUACAAUCGCGAAGGCGAAUCACUGAUCGGCAGACCGAGGCGAUUAUCCGGACACGCUAUUGGCAGCACGAGCAAUAGUCGCGAGCCCAGCCCGCAGAGGUUCGGAAUGGACAGAAGUUUCGCGAGCAAACUGAGGGGCCGAAAUCUGCAUAUGUCGCCUACGGAUAGCAGCAGACCGCCAGUUAUGGCGCAGAAGAUGCUGCAAAAGUCGCGCGAGGCCGAGUCCGCUUUGGCAGACGCUCUGACGUUCGACAGUAUGGACAACUACACCAGAAUACCGGGAACUAAGGGUGAUCACAGCGACGACAGCGAGAAUAGCAGCAUAUGUUCGGAACGGAGCAUAGACGGUUUCAGACGAGCUAGCGAUUCGUUCUCAUGGAGUGGCUCGCAACCGAGACUAUACCGUGAUCUAUGGGAUCAGUCUAUCCCGAAGGACAUCAAAGAGAUCAUUGAGAACUGUGCUCACAAGCACUGGGGAGACAGGAAAGAGGGUUUGGUGGGUCUGCAGCACUUCCUCAACACCGGCAAUACACUGACCACCACAGAAUUGCGCCGGGUUACGGAUAUUUUCACGAAAAUGUUCAUGGAUUCUCACACGAAGGUGUUCAGCCUGUUCUUGGACACGCUGAACGAAUUGCUGGUCACUCACAACGAGGAUCUCGGCGACUGGCUUUACGUUCUGUGCGCGAGGCUUCUCAAUAAGCUGGGCACCGAUCUGUUGGGAUCUAUACAAGCAAAGAUUCACAAAACGCUCGAUGUUGUGAGAGACUGUUUCCCGGGCCAACAGCUUCUACCGGCUGUGAUGAGGUAUCUGACAGAUCCAACACAAACACCAAAUUCUCGCGUGAAAGUAGCAGCAUUGACUUUUAUCACGCAGAUCGCUGAGACGGCAGAGCCGUCCGCUCUGGGCAGUUCUGCAGCAACAGCGCUAGCACGGCUGCUCGACUGGUCGAAUGACGUUAAAAGCCAAGACGUUAGGAGGCACGCGCAGAACGCUGUGAUAUCGCUUUACAAUCUCAAUACGCCUCAAGUUACUAUGAUACUCUCCGAAUUGCCGAAGUAUUACCAAGAAACGGCGUGGCCCCUGGUGCAAAAUCACCUGAGGAAGUCGUCCGCAUCGAGCAAUCCGGCGUCGCCCGGCACACCGCCGCCCAGAGCGCAGAGUUCGCCAGCGCGAACGAAAGCGAAGAAUGACAAUAAGGCGGAGGGAAAGACUGAGAUGGACGGAGGGGACGAGAACCUGGAGGAAGUGUACAAAUCACUGCGACGCACAACCGCCGAGAUCCAAAAUUACGGCUUCGAACGCCUGGAGAGAGCCACUACCAGCAAAGACAGCGGGAUCAGUAACAUGGCAGACGUGGAGGAGAGAAUGGAAGGCCUGACGUUGUCUAAUUCGGGCCGAUCUUCGUCGGUCUCCUCACCGACCCAACGGGGACGAUCUGUCAGUAACAUAACGGUGAACGGGUCCAGCGAUACGAUAGCCGGCGAUUUGAUUCUACCUCAGGAAAAUAACGGUUACAAAACGCAUGGAUCAUCGCCCGACCCAAUAAAUAGACCGGAAAUCGUGGAUAACAUGAUCAAGACCUUGCAGUCGAAGAUGACACAAACGUCAGAGAAAGUCACAGUUUUGCAGGAAUUCCAAUUGUACGUCCGCGAGAGCGACGCGUCGCAUAUUAAGCGAAACUUCAAGAAAGUGCUGAAAACUUUAUUAGACAGCCUGUCUAACGACGGUAAGGUGAUACAAGUGGAAGUACUUCAGACGCUAAUCGACAUGCUUAAAUGCCCCGAAUUGGUGGAGGAUUUCUCCUUCUAUCCCGAGUUGUUAAUAUUGAAAGUGAUCUACUCCUAUAAAUCCGACGAUCAAAAGGUCGAUUCUUCCAGCGGUAGCGGCGGCAGAUCUCCGGUACAUUGGAACGCCGAAAAGUGCGCGGCCACGAUAGCCAUGGUUCUCAAGCCGGAACAAAUUAUUCAUCUGGUCUCGACCAUAAUCGCCACGGAACCGUAUCCCUUGAAUAUGGGCGCGAUAAAGAUGCUGCAUAAAGUAGUGGAGCAUUGGGGUCGCGACGCGAUAGAACCUCAUCUUGCCAAGGUUAUGCCGGGUCUUAUCAAAGCGUACGACGACGCCGAGAGCGCUGUCCGGAAGAGCGCGGUGUUCUGUAUGGUGGCGAUCCACGUGGCGGUCGGCGAGGAGGUGCUGAAACCACACCUGAGCUGUCUGUACUCGAGCAAGCUGAAGCUCUUGAACAUCUACAUACAGCGCGCGCAGCAACAGGCGAACAGUCAACCGGCGAGUCCGCGCAGCAACAGUAAAAAUUAACUAACAUCCAAUUCCACGACUCUCAGGGUCGCGAUACUUAAGAGGUUCGCCCGUUUGGGCGCGCGGCAUGAACGAAUGCUUGUCAGCUUCCUCAGUAAGUCCAAUCCGUGAUUGUCGACGACGAAGAGGAUGAAGUUGAUGAGGUUUUAACAGUAUAAUUAAGAAGGUUUUGAUACGAUGGAGACUGAGAACUUUGACCGUGUGUGUACGUUUAUUCGCGGCGGCGUACAUACGAACGAGCGAGCGAAUGAACGAACGAAUCGCCGCUCGCGAGACGACAGUGAUGUGUGCAGAACCGCGGGGAACCGCGUUUGUUAAGCUGGCAGUUCGUUCCGCGGCGUGUUGCGCGCGCGUUCAUCAAGUUAAUUCUUUCGAAGGGACCGGAGCAACAAUUUAUUACGUUGAAGUUGAUUAUCGCGAGCGGAUUUCGACUCUAUGACGAGUGUCAUGCAAAAAGGUGACUUCAGUUGGCAAAUGUGUCUGCGAAUAUCGUUCUGCGAUACGCUCACGAAGCUCUAUGGAAUCAAUCGUCCUCCGUUAACAUUACGAUUUUAUUAUUAUUAUUAUUAUUAUUAUUAUUAUUAUUAUUAUUAUUGUGUAAUAUUAAUAUGGCCCGUUUACAACACAGAUCCGUCGAUCCGCUUGAUCUCGCGCUUAUCUAUUUUUUACCGGUGCGCUACGCAUUAUAUUUAUACAUUGCAUUACUUUCUUUUCUUUUUUUUCUUUUUUAUUUUAUCGAUAUUUUAAUACGUUUCAAUGUUUCUCUGUCUGUCAAACAACUUGAAACCUUCAGAAAUAUGAAUCCUUCUCACGUGCAAAUAGUCAAGCCGUCAUUGUCACGCUCGUGCUCGCUCCUUCCGUUCGCGUCAAACACGCGUCAAACACGCGAGAACUAAUCAGACGCUCGGGAAAAGUGGGACAAUUCGAAAGCUGCGAUAGCAAAACAUUUCACGGAUAGUUCAUCCUUUUUUUUUUUACUUACAGAUUAUCACUAUUAUACUAUACGUACUAUGAUUUAACAUCUGCGUGUCUCACGGUAUGGGGAGAGUUACAGUAUUUAGAAAGUUUACAGUAUUUUUCUUGACUAAGCGUAUGAUGAAACUUUUAUUUAUCAUUUUGCAAGCAACAAAUCGUCGCGAAACUCGCUUUUCCCCUCCGUAUUGCUUCGUGCUUUGAUCUUUUUUCUUUGUUAAAAGAGAGAGAGAGAGAGAGAGACACUGAUGACGUUUGAUAAAACUGCUUACGGUGAAGUGAACGAUAUAAGCCAAGAGAGAAGACAAGCGGUAUGCAACAUCACUGUCUCCGGGUAACAAUGAGCCGAUCGUCUCUCAUUAUAGUGCGCAACCGAAACGCUAAAUCAAUCACGCGAGCUCCCGUUGUGUAUAUGCUUGUUAACGGUUCGCGAGCGUUUACGUGUGCGCGUGUGCGCGGCGACACGUUGCGUCGCAUCAUCCGCAGCGGGUGGGAAACAGAGUGGGAAAGGAAAGUGUAAUUUAUUCGUUUGAUAUCUAUGUGCUAGUCAGAUUCCCAAGGACCGCACAAUGACGUAAAAAGACUCAAACGGAAUAGUCAGUUUUUUUUUUCCAAACCAUGCAUAGAGACACACACAAAUAAUACAUACAUACGAGAAGAAAUAUGUGAGAGAGAGAGAGAGAGAGAGAGAGAGAGAGAGAGAGAGAGAGAGAGUGAGAGAAUGCAAGAAAAAAUGAAUCUGCUGCGUGAGAGAGAGAGAGAGAGAAAUUAACGCGCGUUAAGAGAAGCAAGGCAGAAUAAUUAAAGUAGCGAUGAUUAUAACGCGGAACGCGAUCAGCUCGAGACUAACGUUUAACAUUUAAACUAUUCAUCACGUUGCCAAUAAUCGAAUGAACGCUAAAUCAAAGCUAACGUAACGAGUUUAGUAACACUUUGUGCCAUUGUCGUUUCUGUUUAUAAUUGUGUAAGGAAAAUUAUAUGUAAUACUAUAUAUAGAUCCAUCCUUUGUCCUUUUCUUACUAUACAUUUAGUCGAGAUACGAUAAGGUUAAUAAAAUAAUUUUACUAUAAAUUUGUCAAAGUGAAUCAUUGAAGUAUUACGAGAUAUUGAGGGGGAAGAAGAAAAAAAGAAAGAAAAGAAAUCGUCUCGGAGAAACGUUUGUUUGUUCGACGUAAGUAUGUACGAUGAUGUUAAAGUGGAACGUGUUUCACGGGUUUUUCCCUCGAUAAACAUGCGUAAACUUGCGUUAUAAUAUCUGAUAGUACCUCGAUAAUUCACUUCAGCGUGAUGACGCGGUGAUCUACGUCUCGAACACACACACACACACACACACAUAAUACGGCCAAAUAGUGCCAAAAAGAAAAAAAGAAAAAGAAAAAAAAAGAGGAAUACCGGGUGAAUAUAGGAUGAGAAGCAAUCGGAGCGUUGAAAACGUUGAGGAAGAAAGAAAAGGAAAAAGAAUGAGGAAACUUGGACGGACUGUGUAUUUCUUUUACUUGGUGCCUUCGGCGUCGACGCGACGGGAUUUGAUUGAAGAUUGUCUUUCAAUGGUCAUCGUUUAGGAACAAUUUCGCAGAUAGUAUACAGGCAGAAUCGAAAAGAGAGAAGAAGGAAGAGAGAAGGGAGAGAAAAGUGCGAGGGGAGUGUCUCUAACUGUUGCCGACGUCGUAUAAAUGAACAACUUUGCGCGAUGAAAGAGAAGAAAAUCUUAUCGAUCAUUAUCGUAGUGUAGCGAAUUCUAAACGGACUCGAUAUUUCUCCCGGUCUGCGAUUCCGAUAGAAUCUCGAAAGUACAUUGUGCAAAUGACUAUUUAUUCUACGCGCCAUCCCAUGUAUCAACACCUGCUUUUGCGACACUUCGUCCGAAGUUUGAAAAUUAUAUCGAGAAAUGUCGAGAAAACCUAUUUGAAAAGAAGAAAAAAACAAAGUUUAGAAGAACCUUCAUUCGUGCGCGUCUAACAAUCGACGUUCCGACGCGGAGCGUUGCGCCUUCUCAAGUCCGCCGAAAAUCCGAACGCGUUGUCGAGAGAGAGAAAGAGACGGAUCCCCGAAAUUAAGUGUCAAUCGCAGAUCGAAGGGUUCCGCGCGGAAGAGCGGAGGAGAGCGAGUCCUCGGAUAAGACCCACCUUCCGUUCUUCGGGCUGGGACUCUUCGAUCUUCCAGUUCCGCAACUGCAGCUUCGGUUCGUCGACCCAUUUUGAUUUCACGUUUUCUUGAGGGUACGGCCUGAUGUAUACCCGCGAUCGUGUAUAUAUAUAUAUAUAUAUAGAUAUAUAUAUAUAUAUAUAUAUAUAUAUACACACAUACAUACAUACUUAUACGAGAUAUAAACGUAGAAACCUAAUAUGUGACAAUUAAUAUACGGAUUAAGUAGCUCACAUCGUCACUGCCUGCAGCGUUGGUCGUGCUGAGGAUAACACGAGGCUCUUGACACAGCCAGACUCUGCGUGGUGUGUGUCGCGAUCGUUUCUAACGAUGCUUGUUCUGUUAAGUUUUACGAGCAUUAUUACUGAUAUUAUUAUUAAUUAUUAUUAUUAAUUAUUAUUAUUAAUUAUUAUUAUUAUUAUACCGAUUCUCGACUUGCGUUGUAACUGUGUCGAUGCGUGUGUGAUAUACGUAAGAGAGGAAGAAGAUACUUGUGUGUGUGUAAAACGGGAGCGCGUCACGUUGACGACGAUCUUGUCCCGUUUUUUUUCACGUUAACCGGACCGCUCACCGAAUAAGGAGAGAAGCUAAGGCUUUUUUUUUUUUUAGUAAGAUUGAUGCGACAGUUUUACGGUUUUGUGCGUUUCUCAUUUUUAACGAUUGUUAAACGUGUACCGAACUCUUCACGAGCAUAACUUGACAUAUUUCGUCGUCGUCGUCGUUUUGAGCGCUCCACCGAGGCGCACUCGAUCUGCACCCACUAUGUUCACACCCGCCAAGUGCAAUUUGCAAUUUUAUUCCGUACUUCGCUUUGUGCAUAAUUCGAGAGAGAGAGAGAGAGAGAGAGAGAGAGAGAGAGAGAGAGAGAGAGAAGUGUAUUCUAGAUCGGUGCGUCUCAUCGUCUCGACGUGAAAUUAAUUCGACGCGCGAUUGUCUGUUACUGAUAGCUUCCACUUGUGUACAGAAUUAUAUCGGCCGAUAAUUAAGUCCUGACAACUCGUACGAUCCGCCCUGCGAAAUUCGAGAAACGAUUUCGCGUUUGGUAUGCGCACGUUGCUGAGGGUUUACAUGUAAAUUUUUAAUAGUUUUUAAUCGUUCCUCUUUGGCAGGAGAAACUCGAGACUGUUGUUACGUCGGUUGAAAAUCGAAACUCCCUUUCCGUUCUCGUGGAUAUAUAUCGUUGCGUUUUGAUUGUAAGAAAGAAAAGUUACGGUUUGGUCGAGAUUCAUCGGAUCAAUCAACCAAAAUUACGUCAAAAGGGCGUAAUUCCGAGAAUCCCAUCUGCACAGGUGUCAUGAGACAGGUAUUAUUAACCGAUCUAAAUUUAAUGUUUUAAAUAAAUGUUAGUAUAGUAAAAAUUCGUGCGUUUUUAUAGAGAAGGAAAAAAAAGUUAACCCCCUUUUGACUUGAAUUUUUAUGCUUCGAGCGGAAAUUGAUUCUUCGCGAAGUUAGGCCCUUUUGACGCGUCGGAUGAUCGUCCCUGAACUCGGGGGCCCCGCGGCGAGCGCCACGCUUGCCGUUCUGAUAGCUCCGCUACUGAUUUCGAUGCGCAUGCGCAACUUCGAAUUUUAACCGUUUCCUUCCGAGUUGUCACAGUCAGUGGCAUCAGCGCGUUCGCGGUAUUUCGAACCUUCGUUUUGCGUGUGUCUUGACGCGUGCGAGGAGAUUCUCGUUCGAGUUGCGGCGACACACAUGUGAGUAUUAUUAUUGUCCAUCUCGUUAGCUGUACCAAAUCGUCGGAGUGCGGCCGAUAUCACGAUAACUACGACUCGAUGUGUGUCGCAAUGGGAAGAUCCCGUUGAGUUUAACGGCCUCUUCGUGAAAACUACGUUGAGCGAUUAAUGAAAUCGAUUGCCACACCGAAGAAAAAUUAGCCCGAGAUCAAGAUAUUUUCAUAUUUAAAUAAAAAUAUUGUUGGGAAAUUUUUAGUCUCGAUACGAUCGAAUUGAAUUUGCAUUGAUGCCUGGAUAACAUAACGUCUAAAAUCGAGACUUAAGACGUCUUAAAACUUUUCUGUUAUCUGGGAAGUGUUAUUUGCAUUUACUUCAAGACUAAAAAUCUAAGAAUAUUAUAACAUUCUUGUAUAUGAGAAUAUCUAUUAGUGAUUUAAGACUAUUUUUUUUCCUGGUGAUUUUUCGUUAAUCGACCGUAAAUUCUGAACGAUCGACCAAGAAUGUAUUGCGUCGAUUAUUGCUCCGAUCGAUUAUUUCGCAUGGCGGAUUCCCGAGCUCGCGCGUCGUUUCUCGUCACGUCUGUGUCGCAUCGAGAUGGCUCAGGAGCGCCGGGUGUCUUUUCAAUUGCGCGUUCUUCCACGAAUUCUGACAAAUUCGAGGUUUCAUUCUCGUCUCGUUUUCGCUCAGGAGGUACCCGGUACAAACUGACUGGCCGAUAUCCGAAGUAUUGAAAGUACACCCGGCAAUUUCGGCGGGGGCAUUUUGCAUCAGCGACGCGCUCGUAAACAUAUAUUUGUUGCACCUCCCCGCUGCCCCCUCCCGCCCUUUUUCCCGAGAAAUAUAUACAAAGUAUCCCCCAUUUUCACGCGUCGAACCUCUUUCCUUUCCCCUUAUUUCCGAGAGGUAAAGAAAACGCGUGUAAUGAGCUUGGCGAAAAGACGCGACAGAGAAGGAGAGAGAGAGAAUGAAAGAGAGUGAGAGAGAGAGAGAGAGAGAGAGAGAGAGAGAGAAAUUAUACUAGAAAGGAGAAACAAACGGACUCUACCGAGAUUUUUUCACACCGAUAAAUCGUAAACAACUUUGCGACGAUAUUACUGUAUUGUUACUGUAAUUGCCAACUUGACAUAAUAAAGUAUUGCUACAAGAUGCCGGGUUGUUACUGCUCCCCGCAUUUCCGUUUGCAAAUGCGAGUCGUGCGUUUUUUUUUCUUUCCUUUUCAAUUGAACAUCGGGACCGUCACGAUAGAGUUUGGCAAUUGCAAUAGCGAUCUCCGUCUUUCUUCGCUCACUAGUUGACUUGAAACUUAUCAGGAACACUUGCGAUAAUCUUCCGAGGAAAUAAACGUUUGGUCUCAAUCGCA